AUCGUGUCCAUUGUGCCGCGUAAGUUCUGAACGUUCAUUUACGAAAUUACGAAUGUUCAAUGUUGAUUUAGAAAACUACAUCAUAUUUCUAGAUUCGCUAAAUAAAUAAGAAAUGCUGUAAUAACUUUAAAAUGGAUGAAGCAAGUAAUACCACACUGGAUCUCUCGAGGCGUGGGCUAAAGAAAAUAGAGAAAGCGCCCGCUGAAGAUUCCAAGACAAUUAUUAAUCUGAUUCUUGAUCAGAAUGAGCUCCAGCGACUGGAUAAUAUUGACACUUAUAAUCGCAUCGAAAGUUUGUCCAUAUGCAAUAACUUUUUGCUUCGGAUGCACGGUGUAUCCAGAUUAACAAACCUCCGCAUUCUGGCGUUGACCAACAAUGGUAUCCUCCAAAUUGAGGGUUUGAAAGAUUUGAUAUACCUUAAAGUAUUAAAACUGGCUGGUAAUAACAUUAAAUCAAUUGAACACUUGAAUCACAACAUGCAUUUGGAGCAUCUAGAUUUGUCCAACAAUCAAAUAUCAUUUAUAGCAGACAUUUCCUAUUUAAAAAAUUUAAAGCAUCUAAAUUUAGAAAGGAACCGCAUAAUGGACUUACGUCAGUGCGACCGCUACCUGCCCCCCAACUUGGAGCACCUGGCGCUCGGUCAUAACAACAUCCAGGACCUGAAUGAGAUCUGUCACCUUGUGCACCUAACCAAGUUAGACAGCUUCACUAUACAGGGCAACCCUUGCAUAUCAAUGGCGGGCAAGGACAAGUUAGGCUUUGACUACCGACCAUUCGUUCUCAAUUGGAUUUUGAGCGUCAAAUCUAUAGACGGAUUCGUGGUCAGCGCUAUAGAGAGCUUAAAAGCAGAAUGGUUGUACAGUCAAGGCAAGGGGCGGCACUUCCACGCCGGCCAGCAUCAGGAACUAUGCGAGUACCUUGCGUCUACAUGCCCGCUGACUGCCGAUGCGUUGGAGACUGAGGAUCAAAGGAAACUGCGCCUUAUUCUCAGCAAGGCACAACAUCAUCAACAACAGUUGAAAGACCAAAAUCACAGUCCUCUGAAACCUAAACUGCAAUCACCGAGAAUGCAAUCUCGGAUAGCGUCCCGGCACAUGGGCCGGUCGCCGGAUCGGUUGACGUCGAGUUACCACGCGGCGCUCUCCAGGAAUUCUCCCUCGCACCAGCCAGCUGCGGCCUCAGACAUCCCCGCAGCCAUGAGCCAGAGCUUCGACUCGCCCGGACUCAUGUACGCCAUGGACAAGAAGGACGCACGGGACAGAGAGAAGGAGAAAGAGAAGACGCAAGAACAACCCCCGGCAGCUGUUAAAGUGGCGAACCAUUCUCUCGAAGCAGCUUCUAAAAUGGUACCAGUUCCCGAAUCACUGAUGAGCCCCGACUACCAAGAUCCAAUCUACGAUAUACAGCGAACCAUACCAAAACCGACCAACAAUUCAGUAAAUAGCAUCUCCAAUACUUCAUCACAGUCGAGCAACAGCAGUAUACAAGAAGAGAAACCACAGAGGUCGAGUAUGAACAAGAAUUUAAGAGGUUCCCCUAAGUUAACGAAAAGUGCUGCUUCAUCACCAAAACUCAAGUCCAAAAUGGAACAACGGAAGGGCAGUUUGUCGAGCGUUAAACAUGACGAGGGUAAAAUGAACGGCGUAAAAGAUGAUCAGAUAGAUCCUGAAAAACUGGAAAUAAUAAAGUUAGCCUCGAAUCAGCGGCGGCAGAAGAUGACAGCGGAGUCGAUGGCAGCUGUUACAAUACAGAAAAUGUGGAGGGGCUACCGAAGCAGGAAUUUGAACAAAGACACCUUGAGGAUCUUGCACGCUAUUCAGGCAGCUAGAGCGAGACAACAUAUACAGAGGCUGACGUGCGAUAUGGAGGCAACAAAAGCGGCGUUAGAGAGUGAACGUAAGAUCCAACAAUUGCAAAUGCAGGCGAUCAAUGCUCUUUGGAAGAAGGUCUCUACUCUCCAAACUGCUGAGAGCCGGCAGCCGUGCGCGGAGAGCGUGGAGAGAGCGGAGACGCUGCGGCACGUGAGCGAGGCGUGCGCGCGGCUGCAGGCGCAGGUGGCCGACCUGCACGCCUGCAUGCGCCGCCUACUGCACGCCGUCACCGCGCCCGCCGCCGCCGCCGCCGCCAACACCGCCGCCACGCAGACCGACAUCUGCGCCGUCGUCACGCCGCAGGAGGAGCGAUGCGGAUGGCUGCGGCGGCCACAAUCGCUACAGCUGUCGGGACCCAACGCCCCGCCCGCAGCAUCCGCCCCGCCAGCCCCGCCCGCGCCCGCUGCUACCACCGAAAAACCAAACGAGAUGGACGCUCUAGACAUAGAGCGUACCGAAUCCGUGAUAGAGGAGAAGGCAGACAGCAUAGAAGAACUCGAACGACACCAAAGCAUCCUCACCGACUGAUAAUGGACACUCCACCCUGUUGUAUUGUUAUUAAGGUUCAAAGCUUGAAUCGGCUUGGUCAGGUAAGUGAUAGAAUUUGUUUAGUCAUCGGGUAUUAUUUUGUAACAUGUUAAAAGUUUAAGGCCAUAUUACACUAUCAACUGUAUAGGAUCAUAUAUAGAUUGAUUAAGUAUAAAAAGAUAAUGAAACAUUUUUAGAAUAAAUAAUAGUACAUUACUGCGGCGGCCAGCAACUGAGGCAUAAAUGGACGAACGUGCAAAUGUGGGCCGAGGCAUAGCCGAGGUACAUAUACGUGAGUCCAUCAAUGCCUAAUUGUGGCCAAGGCUUGUAUAGUACUUUUCUCAAACAAUGCGUGGAAAUCAAAAACACAAUUUUACUUUUUAAGUUCAAUGACGAAUAACGAACAAUAAUAUUUUUUUGUAUCAGCUGUUAACUGUCCACUGCUGAACAUAGCCUCCCCUUAAGAGGGGUUCGCCAGUAAUUGCUAAAUUAUAUGAUUUGUAUGAAUUAGGAAUGAACUAGUAAGAUCACUUUUUGUUUUUAUUCACUGUUUUACGAUUAUUCUACCAAAAAAAAUCACAAAAUAUUGUUUGCGACAUGGAAAAGGUUUAUUGUAGCAAAAAUAAUGUUUUAUAAUAUCUACAAGUAUUAUUCUGAUAAUACGCGAUGUAUGUACAUACAUAUGAGCCUAUAUAUUUGAUAGUGUAAUAUGCCCCUAAAGGCGACUGAAUUGUACCAUUGUUUAUUUUUAAUAUUUAAUAACAGCAUAUUAGAUUAAAAUGUUGGGACGUUUUAAGUAUUGUCGAGCCGCGUUUGAAAACACUCCUACCAUUAUAUUAGGUCUGUUUAUACAAAAUUCAAUUCUAUAAUUAUUUAUUACAAAGAUACGGUAAAAUAUUUGUGUUAGGGGCGUAAUAGACUAUCAAAUAUAUAGGAUCAUUGUCUAUAUCUAUGUUUAAUAUUGAUGCACUUUUAAUAACAGCAUAAAAAGUUACAGUGUGCUGUGCAACUUUAGGAAUCAUCACUUAGUUUUUAGCAUUAUUUGUCACUUCAACAUAUACAUAUGAUCCUAUAUAUGAUAUUGUAAUAUGCCCCUUAGAAAAAUGACGUCUGCAAGACGUUUUGAAAUUGUAUAAAAUAAUUCAUUGUGUGUAAAUAUACUAUAUUUUAAAUUAAAAACAUUGAUUGAGCUUGGCUUUUCGAAAUAUAGUAGACUAUUUUAUAAAAGGGUGGCAAUGAAUGUUUAUGUAAUUGGGACACCAUAAUUGCACUAUUAAAUAUAUAGGAUCAUAUCUAGUCUAUUUUUAUCUUUCCAACGAUUUUACCAAUUUCGUCAAUUAAGUAAGCUAGUACUGGCUUCGAUAUUGUUAAAAUGUAGUGAUGUGUAAUAUCCGAUAUCUAUAGUUUAAUUAAUUUUAUUAAUAAUUAAUUGAGUUUUUCUAUACAUUGAUAGCCACCCAUUGCGGUAUCGCCCAUACUAGUCGGAUAACUACAUUCAUUACGAGCGGGGUCUUCUUUUCAAUAUUACAUAUUGGAUAAUCGAUUGUUCAUAUUGGUCCACUUAACAUUUAGAGUUUAUUUUGUUUCAAAGAGGGAGACUUUGUACAAAAGUCGAUUGCUUGGGUACUUCUGUCCCAUUCGUGUUUCAACCGUGAAGCAGCUGUGUUUGCAUAGCUGUGUUUCGGUUUGAAGGGUGGGAUAUGGCGUGAAUUUACUGGGUACAGAGGAAUAACACCUGAGUCCUCAGGAAUGGCAACGCAUGAGGGGUAUCAUGGGCGAAACAAUAUACUGUGUUAUGUCCAUGGUACUGCUCAUGUCUAUAGGCGACGGUUAUCACUUUCCAUCAGGUGGGCCGUCAGCUUGUUUGCCAUUCUAAGUUGUAUAAAAAAAUCAGUUCAUAAAUAAGUUAUAUCAAUCUAAAUAGUCACAUAUAAAAUACUAUAAAAUAACCGGUUAGUUAAAUUGGCUGAAACUUUAUAAAUGUAUUAGGUACGUAAUUAUCAUUUAAGUAUAUAAUACAAUAUAAGACCGGAUUCAUGGAGAGUUCCAAUGGGAAUUAUUUACAGGAAAUACAUAGAAGCGGGCAACACCGCGGGAAACGGUUAAUCUACAUAAUUUUUAAAUUUCAUAGUCCCUCCGUGGCGAAAAAUGGUUUCAAAUCUUAAGCAUUUGAAAGUAAUUUUCAACUAGUACGACGUUAAUGUACGACGUAAUAUGUAUGAUCCUAUAUAUUUGAUAAUGUAAUAUGCCCUUAGAGCAGUAUAAUAUGAUCAAAGCGAGCGUGUUUGCCUGAGCUUGGCAUAUUUAUUUGCCCUCACAUUAAACAUAAGUACAUGACAUUAGAUGAUAAGUUAUUUAUUGUUUAUAAUCCUUAUUGGAAUAUGGAAAUUUGGAGGCUGUACAGGAUAUGCUACGGCUUCACACAUCGUGAAGGCAUCCUGAAGGCCUACCAUGAAAUGUUUUCCGAAAUUUCGGGUCCGAACGAAACACAAAUUUAAUGUUAAAAUUACAUGAUACAUACCGUUUAAAAAUAUUAAAAAUGCUAAAGUAUCGUUCCUUUGGACUUUUAUGAUAGGAUUUAUGACAAACGAAAUGUUAAGCUCACAUUUACUGGGUCGAUUUCGGUAUGAACAAAAACACACAAUUGAGUCCGAAAAUUCGAAAUUUCAUUUCAUGGUGGACCCCCCGGUGUGUGGACACAUCAUUACGAAAACUUGGUCACUUAAAUAGAUUUUUUUUUAUGGGUGAAAAUGAAAUGGUAACCCCGUCUGCGCUAUCGGUAUACACUGGUAGGGCACCAGUGAUAGAUGAUAGGUAAUAAUGAAGGCAGGUCAGUUGGCCCAUCGUGAAGAAUUCGACAAGAAUUAACCACGAUGGUAUAUUACUAGCUAUGGGGCUUUUAGAUCCCAUUAUUAACAAUCCCUUUUCCCCCAUAGAAAGAAGUUAAAAGCCACUUUCGCUACGCUAUCAGUUAACUCCCGCACAUCCAACAAUUCGAUGUCACCAUCUAUGUUAAAUAAUGUCUGAAAAACAAUCAUCGUAUUCACUCACUCAUAUUUUUUUAACGCGAGUUACAAUAAAUGAUAACAUAUUUUUCUAUGUUGCAAAGCAGGCAUGGAAAUUAUUGCUUCAUUUAAUUCUUUUUUUUUUUAUUUAAGAGUUUCCUCUUAUUGAGGCAACUAAUACGUACAUUCCCUUCCAGCCACCUCUUUUCCAGACUAUAUCUUUGACCUCCCUAUACGACAUGACACGUAGUGUUUUCUUUAGAGAAUUUAUAAUUUAAAGAAAAUGUAUUUUUAAUUAUCACUGUGAUGUAACAUGUGACAAAUGUUAUGAGUGAUAUUCACACAUGUAAUGACCUAAUAUCGAACUCAGGGGGGAAAGGGAUUGUUAGCAAUGGAGUUUGACAAUCCCAUUGCUAGCAAUGUGCCUUAUUAGGUCGACCUCCACUUGGUUCCCCUUGGAAACCAUCAUGAAUAAUUCUUGUUGAAUUCGUCACGAUGGGCUAAUUGACCUACUUCAUCCUCACCUAUCAUCCUUCGCUGGUGCCCCGCCGGUGUAUACCGAUAGCGCGGGUGGGGUUACCAUUCCAUUAUCAUCCAUUAAAAAAAAAAUAUCGAACUCACUACUAGUUGCUUUUGAAAGUGGAAUAAGAUUUUUUUAAUUUUAAAAGAGCAGUCUAAUUAAGACAGUGUGCUAAACUGUAUUCACUCGUUAUUUACGGUCCAAUCGGCCGUCUACUAUGAUUUCAUUGCACUACUGAGUACAACCUAUGACUUACAAAUAAAAGUGGAAGUAGCGACAAUCUGUGAUUUCAUUUAUAGCUAUUUGUAGCUAAAGUAUAUAAAGCAAUGUAACAGCAGUGACGUAUGAUUUUGCAUGUCUUAUGAUAUUACACAUGCUAUAUGUGAAAUAGAAAUAAAUGACUUUUGUAAACAAUUACAGUUAUAUUUGAAGUAUUGGCCAAGGAUUU